CUCCACCGAGAUGCAGCGGCGGCUCCGGGUGUCGCCCGGCGGGCCAGGGGCAGCGCGGACCCAAGCUGGGCAGGGGGCGCCCCCCGCGGCACCCGCGCGCUCCUAACGCCCCAGACCCGCCUGCGGGCCCGGAUCCUCCCUGCCACCGUCCCACCCGCUGUCCCCGCCCCUCCACCCUUUGUGUCGCCGCCGCCCGCCCGGCGCCCCCGGCUCCGCUGGAUCCCGGCCGGGCCGGACCGCGGCAACGCGCCAGGCCCCGCGUGGGCGCCCGGCGGGCGGCCGAUGGCUAGGGGGCGCGGCGCGGGCGCUGUAGCCCGAGUCCCCUCCGCGGGAGGCCCGGUCCGCCUCCGCCGCAUUGUCCCGGGCCGCGCGACCCGGCCCUGAGCCGCGCUGCCGCAGCACCCGCCAGCCGCCUGCCGGGCCAUGCGGAGAGCCGCUGGGAUGGAAGACUUCUCCGCGGAGGAAGAGGAGCCCUGGUACGACCAGCAGGACCUGGAGCAGGGUGAGCGCGGGGGUUCCGGGGGCAGGAAGGCGGGGAGCGCCCGUCUAGGCAGAGACAUUUGCCCCUGCCCAAUCCUAAAAGGUUACUCAAUGUCCUCCCAUCCCCAGUAUCUAACCAAGCAGCUGGACACGCUGCGGCACGUGAACGAGCAGCACGCCAAAGUCUAUGAGCAGCUGGACCUGACAGCCCGGGACCUGGAGCUGACCAACCACAAGCUGGUGCUGGAGAGUAAGGCUGCCCAGCAGAAGAUCCACGGGCUGACAGAGACCAUUGAGUGCCUCCAGGCUCAGGUGGAAGAGCUGCAGGCCCAGGUGGAGCAACUGAGGAGCCUGGAGCAGCUGCGAGUGCUCCGGGAGAAGCGGGAACGCAGGCGUACCAUCCAUACCUUCCCCUGCCUCAAAGAGCUGUGCACCAGCCCCCGGUGCAAGGAUGCUUUCCGCCUGCACAGUUCCUCCCUGGAGCUGGGCCCUCGACCCCUGGAGCAGGAGAACGAGCGGCUGCAAACCCUGGUGGGGGCGCUGCGCUCCCAGGUGAGCCAGGAGCGGCAGCGCAAGGAGCGGGCGGAGCGGGAGUACACAGCGGUGCUGCAGGAGUACUCGGAGCUGGAGCGGCAACUGUGCGAGAAGGAGGCCUGUCGCCUGCGCGUGCAGGAGCUGGAGGCCGAGCUGCUGGAGCUGCAGCAGAUGAAGCAGGCCAAGACCUACCUGCUGGGCCCGGACGACCACCUGGCCGAGGCCCUGCUCGCACCCCUCACGCAGGCCCCUGAGGCCGACGAUCCCCAGCCCGGCCGCGGGGACGACUCGGGUGCCCAGGACGGCGUCUCCUCGCCGGCCGCCUCCCCAGGCCACGUGGUGCGCAAGAGCUGCAGCGACACCGCGCUCAACGCCAUCGUGGCCAAAGACCCAGCCAGCCGGCAUGCAGGCAACCUCACACUGCACGCCAACAGCGUGCGCAAGCGGGGCAUGUCCAUCCUGCGGGAGGUGGACGAGCAGUACCACGCGCUGCUGGAGAAGUACGAGGAGCUGCUGAGCAAGUGCCGGCAGCACGGGGCCGGGGUGCGGCACGCCGGCGUGCAGACCUCGCGCCCCAUCUCCCGGGACAGCUCGUGGAGGGACCUGCGGGGGGGUGAAGAGGGCCAGGGAGAGGCCAAGGUGGGCGAGAAGAGCCUGAGCCAGCACGUGGAGGCCGUGGACAAGCGGCUGGAGCAGAGCCAGCCAGAGUACAAGGCACUCUUCAAGGAGAUCUUCUCCAGGAUCCAGAAGACCAAGGCUGACAUCAACGCCACCAAAGUCAAGACGCACAGCAGCAAGUGACCCUUGCCCGGCCUGCAGCCUCCCUCAGGGUGGAGGCUGUGGGUCCCUCAGGCCUGGACGGUGCAACCUCCAGAGAUCCAGCACCCGGCCACCGCAGCACGCCGCCCCCUGAUCCGGAAGCACAGCAUGUUCCCUGCUGAGUAGAGGCAGUCCACCUGUCCUGCCUCCCAGGAGCCCUUGGCCACCUCGCGCCAGCCCAAAGGCGCAGCUCAGAGUUCAAAGCCAAAUGUCCCCACUCCCCCAGGGAUCCCCCAGCUCCCCCAGCCCCCAGCUUCCUGACCCUGCGCCUCACCUUCAAGCUGGUGACCAGGCUUCUGAAAGCCAUUCUGGAUCAGUUGGCUUUUUUAAAUUUUUUGGUUACGUUUGUUUUUUCUAAGAGAUUUGCAAUGCAAGGUCUCCUUGACCCCUUGCCACAACUGGAAACACUUGAAAGGGGACCCCAGGGCCAGCUGUUUCAGGGGUUUCCUGGACCACCUACUGCUUCUCCCCAGCCCUGAUGCGCUGAUAUUUCCUUAGCACCAGCUGUCCACCCCCAGGGUCCUGACCAGGUCAGACAUGUCCCCUGUCAUGCAGAGCAGGAAGCCUCAGCUGGGCCCAGAGUGUCCCUGACCCAGCCCUGCCAAGGACAGGCUUCUCCCUGGAUACCCUGGGCCCACCGCAGAUCUGUAGCUAAUCAGAGGAGGAGGAGAAGGAGCCCCUCCACAGAGCAGUGCACUGUGUCCCUCAGAGCCGGCCUCCUCGGCUUCCAGCCCCAGAAAUCCCUGCCAGGCUUUAAGCCUUCCAAGGGCCAGGACAGUGGGGUGCCCCCAUCCCUUCAUACCGCCUCCAACUAACCGAGCUUGGCCUCUGCCUCUCCUCUCUGUGCUUGCCCCAUCUCAGGGACCAUGAUGUCUCAUUCACUGCACACUCCCCACAGGCCAACCCUGGCACAGGUCAUGUCUGCAGCCCCCAGAAUGUUCUGGACCUGCACUACCGGCCAGUGGUCCGUGUCCACUCCUGCCUCCCCUUCACUGGGGACUGGGAUUUUCACCCCAUGCUGCAUCGUGUUUAAUUGGGAUGGGGUUAAGGAACAUGUUCCCUCCCUCCCUUCCUCCCAUAUAUUGCCUGCUCUUAACCUCCCACCUUUUUGGGGGGCUUUUGAGGACCCAGCUGGGUCAGGGGUUUUGCUUCAAGAUGUCAGAGAGUCAACGUUCAGCUUAGAGACACCCAGGUCCCCAGCUUGCCCUAAGCAGUCCUCCAGGGCUUCUAGUUCCUUCUGCCACCCUUCCUAAGACCCUAGAAACCAGAGGAGCCAUACAGUCAGCGGAAGGCGGGGGCCCUGGCCUCUGCACGGGGAGCCCAGUGGAAACCUUCAUGCCUUAUUUAUUUCUAAUGGGUAAAGGGGUUUUCUUACCAAGCAUCCCUGACCUCCUGGAAACACCACCUGCUUUCUGGGUGGCACUGCGAUGGGAGCUGGUGGUGACUGCGUCCCUCUGUACAUGCAACUUGGAAACUUUUGUCUUUGGGGCUAGGCAGCUCCCUGCCCUCCAUGUGUCUGUUUUCUGGGAGAGAGGAAUGUGGAAGGGUGGGGAAAGAGCUCCAGCCUGUUUGCUCCCCAGCUCUGUAGUGGCAGACCAGCGUCACCUUCGAAGUAUACAUGAGAGAAAUAUAUUUACAAAUGCUUUAUUCUCUUCUUUAAUAAAAAAUGCACCAGUAUUCUAAAAGCAGAAA